UUCAUGACAGCUGCCCUUUGUCUGUGGGCAUGAUGUGAAGCCACCAUUGUGGAGGGGGAGCACACAGGGAGGGCUUGUACCUUGCUUCCAGGCUGCCAGGACGUGCAGUUUCCCUGUGAACGCAAAGCGGGCUGUCGGAGCAAGUGAGUCAGGCUGGCAGAGGGGAGGCCGGGGGUGGCAGCCCCGCUGUUGCCGGCUCAGGCCCCUGCUUCCUGCACCUCCGGAGCCACUGCCGGCCGAGAGGGGAUGGAGCUCUCGGCCAAUUGGGCGCUGAUCUGAAGCGAGGGGGGGGGAAAUCUGCUUCUCCCCCCCUCCCACCUCCGCGCUGGGGCUGUGAUUCAGUUCCCCUCCCCCAGCCCACCCCCUCUGCUUGGAGGCUGACAGUUGGAGCCGCAGCCUGCCGGAGCCCCGGAGCUGUUUUCUAAGCCGUGGAAGAGAGACCCAGGGAUUUAUUCGCGGUUCCUCAGUGCCUUCUGUGUCCCGGGCCGGAUGUGCACGGACAUGGAGAGUGUCAGCCUCCAGGGACCCGCCUGGAAAUGGCAAGUACUGAGUUUGUUUUUGCUCUGCGGCUGGGGCUGGGUCUCCGGGCAGAUCCACUACUCGGUGGUUGAGGAGUCGGAGUUGGGAACCGUGGUGGGGAACGUGGCCCGGGACCUGGGCUUGAAGGUGGAGGAGCUGCCAGGUCGCAGGCUGCGCCUGGGCUCAGAGGAGAGCUUGCGCUACUUCGCCGUGCGCCUGGACAGCGGCACGCUGGUGGUGAGCCAGCGGCUGGACCGCGAGCGUCUGUGCGGAGCAGCUGCCAGCUGCGUGCUGUCGGUGCAGGUGGUGACAGAGAACCCCCUGCAGCUCUUCCGCCUGGAAGUGGAGAUCCUGGAUCUCAAUGACAACUCCCCGAGCUUCCCCACCGCUCGCCGCACCCUGCGCAUCGCCGAGUCUGCCACGGUGGCUGCGCGCUUCCCCCUGGAGAGCGCGCAGGACCCCGACGUGGGCACUAAUGCCGUGAGCUCCUACCGGCUGAGCCCCAACUCCCACUUCUCCCUGGACGUCAAGCAGCAGCCGGAUGGCAAACUCUUCCCGGAGCUAGUGCUGGAGCGUGCCCUGGACCGGGAAGAGCAGCCAGAAGUGCAGCUGGUGCUGACGGCCGUGGACGGGGGAAGCCCAGCGCGCUCGGGCACGGCGCAGAUAACGGUGCAGGUCCUGGAUGUCAAUGACAACGCGCCCACCUUUGACCACACCACAUACAAGGUGAAAGUCCCGGAAAACACACCCGUGGGGGCUGUGCUCCUCCGGGUCAAUGCGUCUGACCCCGAUGAGGGUCCCAACGGGGAGACGCAGUACUCCUUCGGGGUGCACACCUCCGACUCAGUGCGGAGGCUCUUUGCCCUGGAUCCCCGCUCUGGCGAGGUCCGGGUGAGCGGGGCCCUGGACUUUGAGGAGUCACGUUUCUAUGAGAUCUAUGUGCGAGCCCACGACGGAGGGGUCCCAGAGCUGGAGGGCAAUUGUGUGCUGCAGGUACAGGUGGAGGACGCUAAUGACAACCCCCCGGAGGUGCUGCUCACCUCCCUGUUGAAUCCGGUGCCAGAAGACACCCCACCGGAGACUGUCGUGGGGCUCUUCAACGUACGGGACCGAGACUCGGGGGCCAAUGGGGCUGUGAGCUUGGAGAUCUCCCCCGAUGUGCCUUUUGCCAUCAGGUCCCUUCAGAACCACUUCUCCCUGGUCACCCAGAAGCGCCUGGACCGAGAGUCUACCUCACAGUACGCAGUGGAGCUGAUCGCCCAGGAUGGUGGCUCUCCUGCCCUCACCACCACACUCACGCUGCUCCUCAAUAUAUCUGACGUGAAUGACAACCCCCCCACGCUUCUCGCAGCCCUCCUACGAUGCCUUUCUCCAGGAGAACAACCCGCCUGGCUCCCUGCUGUGCACCGUCUCUGCCUCAGAUCCUGACGACGGGGAUAAUUCCCGGCUUGUUUACUCCAUAGAGAAUGGCCAAGUGCAGGAUGCCCCCAUCUCCUCCUUUGUCCACAUCAACCCCGACAAUGGUAACCUCUACGCUCAGCGCACCUUCGACUUCGAGCUGCUGCAGGU